UGCUCUAAUACCCACACUGCCCUUUUCCCCGUCGCCUUACGCCAAGGGUAGGGGGUGUGCAUAGGCAGAAAUUAAACUCUGCUUAAAACUUCAUACUUACACUUUUUUUUGUUUUACCUUCUAAACAUAUUUCCACCCGCUUGUUCAAAGUGUGUGGGGCUUUUUUUCCACUUCUGAUUUUUCAUAACAUUUCAGGCAACGCAACUUGAUCCAAGAUGAUGAUAAAGUGACAGGAACCGGAGCACAGCCCUUUGCAGUUCAGCUGAAGGCCCUCACAGACCUGGAGGGCAGAUACCAACCUAAACUGAGUGGCUUGAGGCUCAUUGAGAGCUCUCAGGACAAUGGCCUCAGGAUGACCGCCAGACUGAGGGAGCUGGAGGUGAAGGACCUGCUCUCUCUGACCAGGUUCUUUGGCUUCAGCUCAGAGACCUUCUCACUAGCUAUCAGCUUGCUAGAUAGAUUCCUCUCUGUAAUGAAGAUCCAACCAAAGCACCUGUCCUGUGUGGGCCUGUGCUGCUUCUACAUUGCAGUGAAGUCUACAGAAGAGGAGAAGAACGUUCCUCUGGCCAAUGACUUGAUCCGCAUCAGUCAGAACCGCUUCACCGUGUCAGACAUGAUGAGGAUGGAGAAGAUCAUCAUGGAGAAGCUUUACUGGAAGGUAAAGGCCCCCACAGCUCUCCGCUUUCUCCGCCUCUUUCACAACCACAUCCAGGAGCAGCUUGACUUUGAGAGCAAGAAGAUACUGAGCCUUGAGAGACUUGAAGCUCAGCUGAAAGCUUGUCACUGCUCAUUUGUCUUCUCCAAGUUAAAGCCAUCGUUGCUUGCCAUGGCUCUGAUGUGUUUUGAGGCUGAGGAUCAACAUGACCCUGAGCACACGAACAAAGUAGAUGAAGCCCUUAGAAGUCUGCAGCUGCUUUUGAAUAUCAGAGAUGGGGACCUGGUUUGUGUGCGAGAGCUGGUUGGAAAGUGUCUGGCUGAGUACGCAACCACCAAGUGCUCCAGGCCUAACACCCAGAGGCUCCGCUGGACUAUUUCUGGAAGAACAGCACGUCAGCUAAAGCACAGCUACUACAAGAUUACUCAUCUUCCCACCAUACCUGAGUCAGCUUGUUAAAACUGGGGCUGCCACUGAGUGGCCAUACAUGCAGAUGAAAAUCACAGCAGUCUCUAAACUCUAUUCAUUUUCUAAUUGGAUGUAACUUUUUUGCAGUUUGGUCGCUCAUGGAUAGCCCCAGUUGUUUUCUUUACAGAUCUUCAUCACAGAUGAUGGACUUCUUUAAAGAAAAACUAAAAUUUUCAGGUUUUCCUUAAGUUUAUGUCAUGCAUCUAUCAAGCACACUAAAUAUUCAGCCACGACAAGAAGUAAUUCUUCAUCAGAAAGGUGUACUAAAUACCAUCCUGCUAAGUUUUACUUUCCUGGUUGAGUUGCUUGCACAAGUGUAUAGUAUGUUCUCAUUUAAUCCGUACCAAGGUGUUUGGUUUUACCUGGAACGGGUUGCUGGUUUUAAGCUAUUAAGUAUAGAACCACCUAGGUCCUCAGUCCACCAUGUGGAAGAGGAGGGAGAGGGAUUUUGUGAACAGCAAAAAUGGAACCAAGAAAUCGGGCCCAAAGUCCUUCACUCCCACCCUAGGUUGCUAAACUGUCCUGAUUGCACACUCCUACCCAAGGUGAUGAUUUUUUUUUUUUUGGAUAUGGCGAGCGAGGUCUUAUCCGGCGAAGUGAGGCUAGUGGCGAUACUGUCACGUUUGACUAACCAGACUGUUUGAGGCUGAAAAGUUCUCAGCAGUUGAAGAUGAGAUGUUUUCACAGAUUCUUGAUUUGUGUACACAGAGUGAAGCACCAUGUGUAUGAAUUGAUUUCUUUUGUCAAUUAUGCAGAGAAUAGCUGGGAAAAAAAUCGGUCAUUGCAGUGGAAGCAUGGGUUAGAAUUUGUUUUGCAUUUCUUGGCCAAUUCCCCUCUGUAGUCUAAGUUUCUUUUGAGAGACACAAAUGAGAUGUGUUCCCAAAUUAAAAAUGGCAAAUUGAAUACACCAUCUGGUUGACCCAUGUACUUGUACCUUUCAAUAAAACUUUAUUGAAAAGUUA